CGCUGCGCACUGUUUCGAGCGCGCCCCCGAUUGCGGAAGCGGAUGAGACGCGCAGCGCUGCUGAAUGAGGAACGAGAGUUCACAAGUCGCGGUUUGAAUUGAUCAUCAAGAGAGCGCGUAUUUAUUUGAUCCUAGUCUUCCACCCGACGGUGUGGUUGCCGUCCCUCCCUAAUGCCUGUUUCUCCAGGCUAUGCACGUCUUAACCAUAAUGAGCCUAUGAACUCUCUGCGCAUCUCUGUUGGAGGGCUCCCGAUGCUGGCUUCCAUGACCAACACCAUAGACUCCCGCUUCCGCAUCAAAUGGAAAGCCAUUGUGGUGGUAGCAUCAGCGCUAACCCUCGUCCUCCUCAUCUACAUGCAGCUUUUGCCCUUCCACCCCCAACCUAGUGGCAGAUAUGGAUUGAGGUUAAACCAUCAUGAGAUGAGAGCGGAGGACCACUACAAUGACACAUACCCCCUCAGUCCACCAGAGCGCACGGCACAGGGCACGCGCUACCGUAUAGGGGUCAUCGCUGACCUGGACACAAACUCUCUUAGUGACAAGAAGCUGACCUGGUUCAGCUACAUGCUAAAGGGUCACCUCCUGGUGUCAGAGAGUGGAGAUACAGUGGCGGUCGAAUGGGAUCAGGAAAGGGUGGUCUUAGAAAGCCACCUGGCAGAGAAGGGUCGGGGCAUGGAGCUCUCUGAAUUAGUGGUGUUUAAUGGCAAACUGUACAGUGUGGAUGAUCGUACAGGAGUAGUGUAUAACAUAGAAGGACUUAAGGCAGUGCCCUGGGUUAUACUGCCAGAUGGGGAUGGCUCUGUUUCAAAAGGUUUUAAGGCAGAGUGGCUUGCAGUGAAGGAUGAACAUCUAUAUGUGGGGGGUUUGGGAAAGGAGUGGACCACCACCAGUGGAGAAGUGCUGAAUGACAAUCCUGAGUGGGUGAAAGUGGUGGGAUUCCAUGGAGAUGUACAGCACCACAACUGGGUUCCCAAGUACAACUCUCUCCGCAGCGCUGCAGGCAUCAGUCCACCCGGGUACCUCAUACAUGAGUCUGCAGCUUGGAGCGACACAUUGCAACACUGGUUCUUCCUGCCGCGACGUGCUAGCAGCGAGCGGUACGAUGAGACAGCAGAUGAGCGGCGGGGCACCAAUAUAAUGCUCAGCUGCUCCCCAGACUUCCAGGACAUUAAAGUGAGAAACGUUGGGCCCCUGAACCCUACACAUGGCUUUUCGUCUUUCAAGUUUGUCCCCAACACAGAUGACCAGAUUAUUGUUGCCCUGAAGUCUGAGGAGGAUGCUGGGAAAAUUGCCACUUACAUUGUGGCAUUCACUUUGGACGGCCGAAUAUUGCUUGCUGAAACUAAGAUUGGGGAUGUGAAGUAUGAAGGACUUGAAUUCAUUUAGUGUCAAAGGGAUUGUCUGGAGGUAAAUACGUGCCAAGGACUGGUAAAUACCUUUGUCUAGAUGAUGUACAUCUAGAUGUGGACAUUGAUGUGUCUUAAGGUUGAAAUAGUUGAAUGAUGUUCAAAUAAUGCCAACUGGCUAUUGGCAGACAUUGCCUAAAACGUUGUUGUGGUUGUAGAGACUGAAAGGAAUUAGGACAUGUUGACUUUGAGAGACUUAUCAGAGCAUUCAUCAAGAGUUUUUUAUUUCUUUGUUUUUUCACUUCCAUUUUCAACAGAGACCUUUAGUGGUUUCACGCCAGUACUGUACUUACCGUGUAAUGAAUGUAACAGAAUGAAGUGAAGUGAUAGACUAUAGCAUAUGCAUAAAAUAGUUUACUCUACACACAUUAUUGCAGUUGCCAUGUGGUCUUGUGAAUGUCUUUUUUUUAAUCAUGCAUUUUUGUUUUUUACUUUCUUGAUCAAUGUCUUAAGAAGAUCAGCUACUUUUAAAAAGAAAUCUAAAAAAAACCUGAACUGUCACAAAAUGAUGAAUGUUAUUUUCCAUUGAUGCACCAGAGCUAUUUAUUUGUUGUUGCUGUUUUUGUCCUGAAAACAACAGAUUGAAGGUUUUUAAGAAAGCUA